GCCUAGACUGUGGUCUUAAAAUGCUAGGUUUAGCCAAUCCUCUUGUAUCAGUCUCCCAAGCACUAGGGCACACAUCACCACAACCAGUAGAUUUUCUUGUGUGUGUGUGUGUGUGUGUGUGUAGUAUACUUGUAUGUAGUAUGUAUGUAGUGUGCAUGUAUAUAGUAUGUAUGCAUGAUGUAUAUAUGUAUGCAUGCAUGCAUGCAUGUAGUGUGUAUGUAUGAUGUAUGUUUGUAUGCAUGUAUGCAUAUAUUUAGUGUGAGUAUGUGUGUGUAGGUAUGCAUGUGUCAUGGCAUAUGUGAGGGGGUCAGAGAAGAGCUCUGGGAGCCUGUUCUCUCCUGCCAUGUGAGGUCUUGGGAUUGACUCAGAGUAAGCUUGGUGGCAGGUAUGGUUUUCCCCCUGAGCCACCUCAUAGACCCCUUGUUUGUCAGUUGGUUGGUUUGAGAGUCUUGCUAUGUAGUCUUGACUGGCCUGGAAUUCACUCUGUAGAUCAGACUGGCCUUCAGCUUGCAGACACCCUGCUACUUUGCCCCCUGAGUACUGGGAUUACAGGGCUGAACUUGUCGAUCCCAGUACGAUCCCUUUUCAUACUAGGGUGGGCGUGGUGACUAGGAGGGAUGGCAAGGAAAAAAGGAAAGCCAAGAAAAGCGUCUUCCUGCUUCUUCUUCUUCGGGAAAACACCAAAUGGCGGAUGACGCCGGUGCAGCGGGAGGGCCCGGAGGACCUGGGGGCCCAGGAUUAGGAGGCCGCGGCGGCUUCCGCGGAGGAUUCGGCAGCGGUCUUAGGGGCCGUGGUCGUGGCGGAGGCCGUGGCCGUGGUCGAGGCCGCGGGGCUCGUGGAGGUAAAGCUGAAGACAAGGAGUGGAUCCCCGUCACCAAGCUGGGCCGCCUGGUUAAGGACAUGAAGAUCAAGUCCUUGGAGGAGAUCUACCUGUUCUCCCUGCCCAUUAAGGAGUCUGAGAUCAUUGAUUUCUUCCUGGGUGCGUCCCUAAAGGAUGAGGUUCUGAAAAUCAUGCCAGUGCAGAAGCAGACUCGGGCUGGCCAGCGGACCAGGUUCAAGGCUUUCGUCGCUAUUGGGGACUACAAUGGUCACGUUGGUCUUGGUGUUAAGUGCUCCAAGGAGGUUGCCACUGCCAUCCGAGGGGCCAUCAUCUUGGCCAAGCUUUCCAUCGUCCCUGUGCGGAGAGGCUACUGGAGGAACAAGAUUGGCAAGCCCCACACUGUUCCAUGCAAGGUGACAGGCCACUGUGGCUCUGUGCUGGUGCUUCUCAUCCCUGCCCCCAGAGGCACUGGCAUUGUCUCUGCUCCUGUGCCCAAGAAGCUCCUGAUGAUGGCCGGUAUAGACGACUGCUACACUUCAGCCAGAGGCUGCACUGCCACCCUGGGCAACUUUGCUAAGGCCACCUUUGAUGCCAUCUCCAAGACUUACAGCUACCUGACCCCCGACCUCUGGAAAGAGACUGUCUUCACCAAGUCUCCUUAUCAGGAAUUCACAGAUCAUCUUGUGAAAACCCACACCAGAGUCUCUGUUCAGAGGACCCAGGCUCCAGCUGUGGCUACCACAUAA